UAUACCUUUUCUCACUUUUCCGGAUUCUCUCUCAUUAGCUAUAAAUAACCACCCAAACCAUUCAAACUGUUCCUUCCCAACUCCAAAUUCAUUCAAAUCAUCUUUAUCUCUGAAUCCCAAAAGUGAAAAGGGAUAAUAGCAUCAAACCAACCCCACCCAGCUUGGGAUUUUAAUUAAUUUCAAGAAAAACAGAAAAUGAUGAUGAAGUUCGAUCAGCAAGAAGAAGAAAACGGUAGCGGAAAUGGUGGGCUGUGCAGGAUUAUAGAGGAGGUGCCGCCGCCGCCGCAGCUGAAGCUGUCGUUUCUUUGCCAGAGGUAUGAGGAGGGUGGCGGUGAGCUCUUCACUCCGCCGUUGAACUUUGCUAUGGUGGACAAUGGUAUUUUCAGGUCGGGGUUUCCGGACUCUGCCAACUUCUCCUUUCUUAAAACCCUCAAUCUCCGCUCCAUCAUAUAUUUGUGUCCAGAGCCGUACCCGGAUGCUAAUGUUGAGUUUCUCAGAUUAAAUGGGAUUCAGUUGUUUCAAUUCGGGAUUGAGGGAUAUAAAGAACCCUUUGUGAAUAUCCCAGAGGAUAAAAUCAGCGAAGCGUUGAAAGUCACCAUAGAUGUGAAGAAUCAUCCUUUACUGAUUCACUGCAAACGAGGAAAGCACCGAACAGGUUGCCUUGUGGGCUGCUUGAGGAAACUGCAGAGAUGGUGCCUGACGUCCGUUUUUGACGAGUACCAGCGCUUUGCUACGGUCAAAGCUAGAGUUUCGGAUCAGAGGUUUAUGGAGCUGUUCGAUGUCUCCUCCUUCAAGAACUUGCCCCACUCGUUCUCAAUCUCAAAGAGAAAUGGAAAGGAGCAACGAGAGUGUAGCGCCGUUUCUUGCUAAGGCAGUCCCUGACCUUGCUCGGCCAGUCGCUAAGAAGAUCUCCAUCUUAAUUUGCCACGUCGAUAGAUGUUUAGGAUUCCUCAACUUCUGGAAUCCAGUCGGAGGCGGUUUUUCAAGUGCAGAAAGGUUGUUUUUGAUUGGUAGGGAGGUUGUAGCUCUUUCUCUAAGGGGUCGAUUGUCAGAAAAAGUUAUUUGUUCAUGCUCGAGGGAAAAUAAAAAUUUAUAUAGAAACAGUAUAUAUCAAUCGCUCGUAAAAUCAUUCGAUUUUUGGUUUUGCCAUUGCUUGUCUGGUCUUGUCCUAGUUUUUGCAGCUAACAUUGUCGAAAAGCAAGCAUGAUUUUACGGAUUUAUGUUGUAGUUUUGCGCAACGUUGGGUAGUUGAAUUAGUUGUGUAGGAUGUUUUGUAGAAUUUGGAAUUUGGACAGCCGAAUACAUUUUCUUGAAGAAGUAAAGUGAAGGGGCAAAUGUGCUCGCGUUCUUGAUUA